GAAGAAAAAUAUGGAAAGUUCAAUUCUUCUGGACUCUUCAGGCGAUUCUAGAGAAGCAAAACCACAGCCAGGUCCAAUCAAGAGGCGUCUUCGAUCAUCAACCUCACUGGUUUCUACCCCUAGGUCCAAAGUUCGCAGAAAAAAUGACCGUACAAGAGAAGUGACACCCUCUAGAUCACCAGGUUCUGCCAGCAUGAAGAUUCCUUGGGUGGUAUCUGAGAGUCCACAUGGCCUUGUCAUAGUAGAAACAAAGCAGUCUCCAGCACAUUCUAGGAAGAUGCCGGCCUGUGAAUCGACUGAAGCAGUUUGUUCUUAUACAGAUGAAACGAGUUGUAGUGCUGAUUCAACAAGUGCUGGGAGAAAGAAAAAGACAAAGGUUCGCCUGACCAAACGAAUGGAUGAUUGCUGCCUUGAGAGCAAAGACCUGAGCAAAAAUGGGCAAGCAAAAUCAAAGUCCACCAGAAGAAAGGUCUCCAAGCAAAAGAAGAUUGGCAGUAAUGGUGAUCUGCUUGCGAAACGCUCUACAUGUCAGAGAUCUAACACCAAGAUUGGAGAAAAUAUGCCCUUGCAGAAACCUUUGAGAUCUGAUGAUCAUCCAAACUAUUUCCUUAAAGACUCAGAGAAUUUGGAAAUUACUUGUGAAGUGAUAAGCCAUAAAUCCCAAGAAAAUUUUAAGGAAGAAGAUGGCAGUAUGAUUGUCAAGCAGCUUAUCCACCAGAGGAUUGAUGAGACUUUAAUAACUCAAAAUGACCCACAGAAUGAUACAUCUUCCAUGAAACCCUCUGUGGAUGUAGUUAUGUCAACAGAUAAUUCUCUAGCAAAGCAUCAACUGAUGGAAAAUGACACUCAGUGUGAUAUAGAAUCAACCACUGUGACAAAUACUGCAGCUGCUGAGGCAGCAAAAGCAGUAGGUGGGAUAUCACUGGUGCCUCUCCUCAAUUCCAAACACCAAGACUUUGUUUCAACAGUGUCUUCUCCAUGCACACUAACAAUGACAGUCAUGAAGGCAUCGUCGGGUCAGAUUAUUUCAUCGACAACCAUGCCAUCUAAAUACAACCCGAAAGCUUCAAAGACAAAAACGUCUGAUGAACUGAGGACACCCCAAAUAGCUUCUGGUAUUUCAGCUCCAUCUGUCGCAAGUGUUCCCAAAAAAGUGGCUCAGUGUAAUUACGUUGCCAGCUCAUCUACAGUUCCAACACCUUCCACAAUUAAAGCAGGCAAUGUCAUAACCACAGGACAACCAAUUCUUUCUUCAGAGGCAUUUCAGCUACAACCUGUUUCAUACCCUGGCUAUAAGCUUCUUGACAUCAGCUCAUCGGUACCUGUCACCAAGGAGCCAAAGCCAAAAAGAAAGCGAAAAUCUGGUAAAAAGAAAUCUCUUGACAAGAAAGCUCAGUCAGUGGAUUCAGGAAAGGAUUCUCAGUCACUUACAAUGGUGUCCAUCUCUACCAUUUCUUCUCCAACCAUCAGUGAAUCUUCAGCAGAUCACCCGGAUACUGACCAAACAAGAUCUGAUGUCAAGGACCCAUCGCUCAAUGAGAAGGGAGAGAAGAUCAAACGACCAAUGAAUGCUUUCAUGAUAUGGUCUCGCCAGCAACGUGCAAUCCUCGCUCGUCAAACGCCUGGGAUGACGAAUGCUGAGAUAAGUGUCAAGCUGGGUAUCAUGUGGAAUGAUCUUGACUACAACAUCAAACAGGAAUACUUUGAUGAAGCAAUCCAGCUGAAACUGCAACAUCGAAAAGAUCAUCCAGAUUGGGUAUACCAGCCCAGGCCUCACAAACGUCCAAGUCGUCGAAAACAUCUUGCUGUCCCCAUGUUUGGAGGUGAAAACCAGCCGAUGCCUUACAAUCAGAUGGUGCUGAUUAUGGCUGAUGGGCAGGAGGUACUAUGCCCAGCUAUACCUGUUCAGACUAGCCAAAGGCAUGGAUCCAUGAUGACCAUGCAAGGACCAGCCAAAACAAUCAAAGAUGUAAAGACAAAUACUAAAUCAAAUGAACUGGUUCCCACAGCUGUGACAAUAACUACUGAUAGCAAUGUGACUCCUAAGCCCACAGUGGAAGUUGUAGAGAAAAGAAAGAAUGCAGCUGAGACAAAAAAACAGACAAUGUCUAAGAUGCCUGCAGUUGUACACAAUGAAGAACAGGCCAUAUGCCAAUCAAAUCCCCAAGAAGGCAGCCAAGGAACUACAACUCAUGUCAGAAAUAUACAGAAUAGUAACCAGAACAACAAUCAACCAAAGCCACAGCUGCUGUUAGUCUUACCUGAUGGGAGGCAUGUCCUAUGUCCGCAAGCAUCAAACUCAUCAGCAGUAGAUGCAAAAGUUGAGAACAAGCCUGUUGGUUUAUCCAGUGACCAUUCAAUAGCUUCUGAGGAGAAAAUGCUUAUAAGAGUGAAGUCAGAGAAGGGUGGAGAGAGGAAAACUAUCAUUCCGCUCAAGGCGCUACCAGGUAUAGCUAAUGCAACCAAUCUUGAUCAGGUAACCGAAGUACACAAGGAUACAGCAAACCCAAUCAGCAAGACAGCAAUGCCACCAGUCAGCAUCCCAGAAGAACCUGUGAGUUCAGAAGAUGAUAAACAGCAUAAGACAACAGAGAGAGUGGAUAUGGCCACAAGGAUGUCAGUUCCAACCAUAAAGUCAGAAACAUCAGACAGUGAUCGUGCAGAAUUUAUGAAAACAGCAAUCAAUGCUCAGACGGCCCAGUGUGGUACUCCUGAUAUGAUGGCCAUGUCUAAGCCGGAGGCAGUGCCUGUUCCUCUUGCCACUUCUGCAGUAGGAAAAGUAGAGUUUUCAAAGGAAGGUGUUAAUCAGUCCGUUGCUAAAUUACCUAACCAAAUGGGGCUCCAGUUGUCAAACCUGAAUCGGCAGAGUCCUCUGAUGGAGAUGAAUUCCAUGCAGAUGCAACCAACCAACUUUCAAAUGCCAGUUCAACAUGUUGGCAAUUCCUCAUGGGAGAUCAUGGAUUCCUCAAGGCUACUCCCUGAUGUUCAGCUGGCUCAAGUUGGUUUUCAGCAAUCAGUAAACAAUCAAAUACCUAUGCAGCAUGUCCAUGGUUCCAUGAUUGGGACCAGAUCACAGCCUGAUGUUACAUUGGUGCCAUUCAACCUUCAGGGUUCUGUCAAUCAAGUGCCUAUUCAGCAACUUGGCAAUUCUUUCAAGGUGACUACAGAUCCAUCAAGACCUCAUUCCAAUAAUCCAUUGAUUCCACGAGGCCUUCAGGAGGCUGUUGCAAGUCAACAACCAGUUUGCAAGAAUACUGCUGUCCAGACAUUACAUGACUGGAGCUACAAUGUUCCCACUACCCAGUCACAUUCGUCUCAGUUUCCAAGUUCUGUCCUGAAGACUCAAUCAAUUGACAUGGUAUGGCACCCAGACACUAGGAUUCUUCAGCCUGCUAAUUUGUCAAAUAAAGGUACUUCCACUUCGUCCCUUUCCCAUUCGUUUUACUUCACGCCUAUUCCACAAGACCAGAGUUGUCAAGACACCUCUACUCUUCCACCAGUCUGUCCAAAAUCUCUACCUUCAACACUGGACAGUUGUACAGUCCCUUCAGUGACAGGAAACAUGAAGAAUAGUGAUCCUUCUGCUGUUGCCAUACCUACUCCACAGUUUUCGGACACUCCCGCCCUGUGUGAGAUCAACGAGUCCGAUCGUCUCCUGGAGAGUCUGGCCAUGAGUGGAGUGGGAAUCAGCGAAGAUGAAGCGGAAGAAACAGAAAACUUGUUCCAGCGAGUAAUGAGCAUGGUUUCGAACAACUAACAUCAUAAACUGGACAUGGUGGCUCAGAGGUAGAGCGCCCACCUCACGAACGGGAGGUCAUGGGUUCGAUCCCUGGCAAUACCAAAAACUUUUUUAAAUAGGAUCUUCUGCCUUCUCGUCAGGUGCUCUAUGUUUUAGAAUGGAGAAGGGUAGUAAUAAUAUUAUGUUAUGCAGGGCCCGGUGGAAGAGGAAUUCAUUAGAGCUGAAGUGGCUAUCUUGGGUAAAUAAGAAUGAUUAUUAUUAUUUCAUAAAAGUUCAGUUGCUUAAUAUAGUCAGUGAUGCCAGAAAUUUUUAGUCAAGCAGGGCUUUGUUUGUUCAGAAAGUUCCAGCACUCUCAAUACAAUACGAUAGAUUUAUCUAGGCCUUGCCACUUUAAGCAUUCCGUGUUAGGAAUGAUUUCUGUAUAAUGAAGAGUCAUUGUUUAGUUGUCAGAAAAUAACAGGCUCAAUAGUAAAAAUAACUUUUCCACUAAAAAUACCAUGAUACACUGUGAAAGGUAUGGUACACUGACUCAGUAGUAAAUUCAUAAUAGGCAGGUAGAAGCAUAGAAAACUAGGACAGUAAAAGGAAGUGAAUCUGCACAAUAAUUAUUGACCUUAAUAGGGUUAUUUCAAAUGCACACACUGCAUACAUGCAUUAUUGCAAGGUCUUGGAUUAUCUCCAAAACAAGUCAGAGACCAUGCGCUGUCCUUAUUCCCUUUAGAUGAUAAUUUUUAUUGAUCAUACAUGUAAGACAUGUAGACCCAUUUUCUAACAUAAGUGAAUUAUAAGCAUACAUGUACUGAAGCACAAUUGGUCCAAUCACAUAAUAAAGGGUAGAUUUGACUAACAAUCAUCACUCACAGUGAUGGAACUAUUGGUGUUUCGCUGAUCACUUCAGCUAAUUUGGUCAUUAUGCGUUAUAUUCCAUAUAUACGAAAAAAGGUAAGUGCAACUUGAUUAUUUUGUUCUAUUUUUCUCUCUCACAUGCAGUGACGAUUGCAACAGUCCUAGAUGUACGCGCGCAGUCAACACGCGUGCUACUAGUAAAACUUUAGGUAAAUUGAUAGUGCAAUGCCCCUCAAUUGUUUUGUUGUUAGGGUAAACAUCCUUUGUAAGCUCACAAUAAUCUUGCUGGAACAUGCGUGUAGUCAAACUUACAUGUGCCAGUAAAAAAACAUAGAUUAGAUUGAUUUUUUUUGGAAACAUUUUUUUUUUAAUGAAAAUUCUUUAUAGUAGAAAAGCAGUAAUAAUUCUUUUUUUUAAGUGGUUCCAGAUGUGGAACAUAAAUCAUAUAAUCGCCUCUUGAUUUCAAAUGACAAGGCAAACUGUGCAAGCUGGAUGUACUCACUAUAGCUACAUCCAGCUUGCUUCAGAAGUGAUAGAUUACCCAACAGCUUCACCAAGGAUGAUUAUUUGCUUACUAACAAGUGUAAGGAAUACCAUUACUAGGUUCCCAGGAAAUAGAUAUACAUAAUAUUAAACAAGCCUAUUGGGUACAUUUCUGACCAAUUUACUUGUGCUAAUUACAGGUUAGUAAUUGCAGUUGGUCCCGCAACAUUUUUGCUAGUGGUCAACCAGGAAAGGGUUGCUAAAUAUUGUGAUUAAUACUGGGUGUCUUGACUUUCACCAUGAUUGUUCUUGCAAACUCUUGUCAUAUUAAUAUGAUUUGACCCUUUCAAAAGAAAUUCUUUGAAAGUUGUAAAAGUCGCGUGUCUUGUUGACUUAGGCCAGGGAGAUAUUAUUAGUGCUUUAAUUCUUAAUAAAAUAAGGAUAUUUGUAAAUAUUUGCAGGUUAAAAUAUUUAACAUUUUGAUUUAUUUAGGAAUAUAUUGUGAUGUACCCUUUAAUUAUAAAAUAUUAUAGUUGUUCAUUUUCAUCAUUGUACAUAGAUUGGUUUCCGAAAUAGCUUCUUUUAACAUAUGAAAAACGUACAGAAAGUGUUAUCCUGCAUUCUUUUACAAUUGCUAUUCUAUUAUUUUCAUUGUAAAAUUCAAUGAUUUUGAAUUAUUUCAUGAUUCCAAAGUAACAAUUUACUUUUGUCAUAUUUCUAUAUCAUUGAAUGUAAAUUUUGAUUUGUGUUUUUUACUAUUUUCUAUAUUUUCUGUGUUUCAGGUUAUGUCAACAAAUUUGAAUUUAUCACAAUAUCUAGAAAUACAUUUUACUACACAUAUUACGGUUAAAACUUCUGAUUAAAUAAAAAUAAUUCUGUUUUUUUUUUGACGAACAGUGAUAGUCACUGCAAUUUUCCCUUUGAUGUAAUAUGAAUUCGCUGUGUAUGGUUACAUGUUUAAUUUUAAAUCAUGAUUCUAUCUUUAUCUCUUCAUCAAAUAUCUAUUCCUUCAUUCCAAGUCAUUUGCUCUUGCCUUUUGCCCUCCCCUACUUUCGUAUUUAAAACAGCUUUACAUUAUCAUAAGCUAAUGAUGAGAUUUUUAAAAUACUAUUUUUUAUCAUUUCCCUUUCCUUUAUAGUCAUCUACUUGUGUGUCUAUUCCCUCAUAACUGUAUUUGUAAAAUAUUAUAGGAUAAAUGACGUCUUCCUUUUUUUUCUGAUAGAAAUAUGAUAGGAUGUAACAUUUAUACAGUUUAGGAAGGCAACACAUUCCAUAAUGCUAUACUCGUCUUCCUCUGUAAAGUGUCUUACAAUUGACUGAAAUAUUGAAUAGACUCAAAUUUAGACAAUUAUGUAAAUAAGAACAAAGUGAUAUUAUUGCAUUUUCAAUUCACAUUUUAUUGCACAAAUAGAAACAUAUAUCCACAUUGGCAAAGAAAUAUAUAUCCACACUUGCAAAAAAAUAU